GCAUUAUGAGGAAAGACAGGGAUAACCCUCUGGCACUGUCCUCUAAGAAACCAUGCCAUGACCAGACGGACUAUGGGCAAGAGUUGGAGAGGCUGUUUGCUGAUUUGGAAGCUGAGAAGCACCGAACACAGCGGACUUGUGACCAACUUAGUGUGGAGCUUCGGCAUCUGCGAGAAGAAGCAGAGAAGGAACAGCAGAGAGCUGUGAGGGAGUUGAGGGCCCGGCGAGGGUGCCAAAAGGACAAAGACUCUCAGAGACGUGGGCAUCUCCUGAUUAAGGAGGUGAACAUUCAAGACAGUGGACAGUACAGCAAAGUAGAUUCCACAGGGAAAAAGACUUUUUGUUUUUGCAGUGGACAAACGUAUACAAAGCUGGAGCAAUUGCUGACGCUGUAUGAGCAGAUAAAUGAUGAGCAGGCAGCUUAUAAACUGCAUCACUGGCAGGAUUUUGAGCUAGAAAAGGCGAUCUCACUGUGCCACUUGCUAGAGUCCCAUGGGAGACUUUUGCAGGGACUGCAGAGAGCAGGACCCCCCGGCUAUGUUUUCAAAAGCCCCUCAAGGAAGCCAGCUCAGGAAGACGAUAGUAACACCCGUCAGACGACACCUCUCUCAACGUACUCCAAGGCCUCGCUACAGAGAUCCCUGGAUGCUUCCCGCUCAGCUAAAAGGAUAACCAAACAGAAUCAGUUGAAGCAGACCUUUGGUUGGGAUGUGUGCACAGCUGACCCCAGCCCCACUGCUUCAGCCCUGGACACCUGUCAGAGUGACUCUCUGAAAAUUUGUCACCCUCACAACAUUCCCCAUGCAGACUGGGAUGACUGGCCCUCCAUCUGCUCUGAGUCCUCUCAGUCAGACGUGCCAGUGCCCUCCAAAUGCUUGGAGAGAAACAUGGAGAGAGUGAUGUAUGACCUGUGCACUCGGCCUGAGCAGCCCGAGCCAGCACUGGCACCUACGGACAUGGAGAGCAACAAGGAGGUGGAAGCUAUUGGGCGACAACAGCAGGAGUUGAGGGGGUCGGGUGAGCAGGAUAAUAAGCAGCAUGGGCUUUUGGACAAGGUGGUCGCAACCACUGCUAAUAUCGCUCCAACAUCACUGUUAAGAAAGAGGCACCACUCGCUUUACGCCAACCUCAGUGGUUUUGAAGUGGACGGGAUACAAAAGAAUGGUACUGAGUGUGGUUUCCUGGUGCGUCAGAACUCUGAACUCUUGCGAGCCCUCGAUGAAUUGGAGAAGACUUGCACCACACUGAGGGAGGAGAAUGGCCUGCUGCGGAAGAGCAGUGCCCCAGAGACGGAGGAGAAGGUCAGACGGCUGAGGAGAAAGAACACAGAGCUGGCUGUUCUCGCUAAGAGGCUGGAGGAGAGGGCUCGGAAGCUGCAGGAGGCCAACCUCAAAGUGGUAAAUUCCCCGUCAUUGAUGAGACCUGGAUCAGUGGAACAAUAUAAGAGGGCUUUUGCCCGUCAGCGAGCUCGGGAUCUAGCCCAGCAUGCUGAUGCACUGCUGUAUAAGGACAAGGAGAUUGCUGCCCUGCAGCAGGAGUGCAGAGAGCUGGAGGCACAGCUGGGCACCACUAAGGACUCCUCUCUUCCAUCUGGCAGAGUGGAAUUUGAGAAGCUUCUCAUCGAGUCUCAGAAGGAGGUGCUACGGCUCCAGAGACAGCUCUCCGUCACAUCAUCCAGGCAGCAGCACAACCAAAGCCCUGACCACGGUGGCCUAGAGAAGUCUGGGGAAAUUACUAAGGAGGAGGGGGAAGAUAAGGUUGGAGGAGAGACCCCGUGUGUGGCAUUAGAUGAAGCUCCAUCCAGAUGUGAGAAGACUCCCGGAGAGGAGGAGGAGUCGGUACAGCAAGUGACGCCCCUACCGGGCCUCAGCCCGACCCCCUCCCAUCAGGAGGAGCACACAGAGGAGCGGCACCUUCAGUUUCUGGAAAGUGAGCUGAGCAAGAAGAGAAAAGAAUGUGAAAAUCUUGAGCAUGAAGUAAAGAAGCGACAGAAGAGAUGUCUGGAUUUGGAGAGCCAGCUUGAGGAUGAGCAAGGCAAAAAUGAGCAACUAAAGGAGGAGGCAGAUCUCCUCAGGAGGAAGGCACAGCUGCUCGACCAGACUCGGGCUGAGAAUGAGGAGCUGAGGGAAGAUCUCUCUGAAGUGACUGCUCAACACAAUUCCGUUCUCAAGGAGAACCAGAGACUCCGUGCCAAACUGGAGAACCUAGAGCAGGUCCUAAAGCACAUGCGAGAGGUCGCCGAGCGAAGGCAGCAGCUGGAAUUGGAACAUGAGCAGGCAUUGGCUAUCCUUAAGUUCAAACAGGAUGAAAUCAAACGGUUACAGCGGGCUCAGUUAUUCGCCAAGAGGGAGCACGAAGGAGUGGUUCAAAUGCUGGAGGAGUUGACUCAGCUUGUGUUGUGGAGGGAACUGUCGAAGGUACGAGAGCUGGAGGAGAAGUGUCGCAGCCAGAGCGAACAGUUUGGCUUGCUAUCCCAAGAGUUGGAGAAGUUUCGACUGCAGGCCUCGAAGGUGGACUUGGCCAGCUCUAGCCUCCUCAACAAUCCAAGUCUCUCAGUUCUGACCAAUGGGGUGGGCCUGACUACUGAACGAGACUGCACAGGUGGCUCAUGGGAUAUGGUGUCCCUGGGUGAAAUAGCCUUCUGGAGUCUUGAGGGAGGUGACACUCUCUCCUGCCCUGAGGGUAACGAUCCGCUCGAUGUGGCUGCUGCUCUGCGUAUGGGGGCCACUCCCCAUGCUGCAGGGCUGUCCAGGGUGGAGCGCUCGCCUGUCACUAAGCAUCGAGAGCUGCCCACCAUCAGCGUCAGCAAGUCAGGAUCUUCCUCCAGCAAGUCAGAAACCGCACACCUCACCCCCAAGUCCGACACCCACCUCAGUCCGCAUAAAUCAAGCCCAACACAUGAGGUGGACACUGCCAGUGAAGUAGAAGAGUUGGACGUUGACGUUGCCCCAGCACCUUUCACCGCCAGCAGAGCAGGAGCAAAACUUCAGGUUUUUAUUGCAAGAUACAGCUAUUGUCCUUAUGAUGGCCCCAAUGACAACCCUGAAGUGGAGCUGCCACUCACUGCUGGAGAAUACAUCUACGUGUAUGGUGACAUGGAUGAUGACGGUUUCUAUGAAGGAGAGCUGAUGGAUGGAAGAAGAGGGCUGGUCCCCUCUAACUUUGUGGAACGUGUAUCAGACGAUGAUGUUAUGAGCAGUCACCAUCCAGAGACAGUGGAUGUGUCCCAUAAUUCCCUGCUAGAAAGCAGCCUGCACAGUGCCAGCCACCAGCAUCACCUCCACAUGGGCGUCAGCGCCUCAGAAAGGACAGAGGCCUCUGCUGCCUCUGGCCCAGCCUCAGCCACCUCAGAUUCAGCAUCAGCCUUGGCUGUCCCAGCCCCCCUCACCAACGGCCUGGACUUGGAUUUGGAGGAGGUGGGAGUGGACAUUGUGCCUUACCCACGUAAGCUCACCCUCAUCAAGCAGCUUGCCAAGAGUAUCAUCAUCGGCUGGGACCCUCCGUUGGUGCCGGCUGGGUGGGGCAAUGUGUGGAGCUAUAAUGUAUAUGUGGACCAGGAGCUGCGGCUCAAUGUGCCCUUCGGCUCCCAGACCAAAGCGGUACUGGAGCGGCUAGACAUAAACCUCAAGGCCUACCGUGUGUCAGUUCAAAGCCUGACAGAGAAGGGUCUCUCUGACCAGCUCCGCUGCAGCAUGUUGGUCGGUCGGGAUGUUUGUGUGGCGCCCACGCAGUUGCGUGUGGAGAGGGUCACUGCCACUUCUGCCAACCUGGCCUGGCUGCCCAGCAACAGUAACUAUGUGCACAUUGUGUCCUUGAAUGAGGAGGAGUGUGAGCUGGUAAAGGCUGGCUGCUACUCGCUGUGCCUCAAUAACCUCUUGCCCAGCCUGCAGUACACAGUCAAAGUGGAGGCACGGCCGCACCGCACACCAUGGGAGUUACCUGUGGAGAGACGUGAACACAGAAGCGCUACUAUCACCUUCACCACACUGAUGGCAGUUCCAUGCCCUCAUUCUGGGAACUCAGGCCCCCCUGAUGCUCCUCUGGACGUACAGCUAGAGCCUGGUCCCUCUCCAGGUAUUGCUCUCAUCAGCUGGCUGCCAGUCACUAUAGAUGCUGCAGGGACCUCCAAUGGAGUCCGUGUCACUGGAUACACUAUAUAUGCUGACAAGAAAAAGGUGCUGGAGGUGUCUUCUCCUACUGCUGGCAGUGCCCUGCUGGGCCCCUCUCAGAUCCAGUCCCUGCAGGCAGCUCAGGAGCUCACUGUUCGCACCAUGUCUGCCCACGGGGAGUCCUGUGACUCCUUGCCAGUAAAUGUGCCCUGCAAGCUGGCUGCCAUCAUGGCAGGCCCAGCUACCACCACCCCAGUUGUGCCACAGCUGACCUGCACCCCAGUAGGUCCCAGUAUCCUGCCCCUAUCGCCGUCCUAUGGAAACUCUGCUGCCAAAGUCUCCAUGCUGCCCAGUACAUUGCCAUCAGACACACACAUUACUGGCCUCAAAGUGGAGGCUGCUGCCAACCCAUGUAAUGCUCUCCAUUCCGAAGAUCUUCUCUCAUCUGCCUCAUAUGUGAAGGCCUGGGCCCACCCUUCAUCUGCUGCUGCCUUGGCUGUGUGUGAGGCCACGUUACCAGUAGUCUCCAUCAUUACUCCAGUGGUUCAUGUGACCUCCCCCACCACCUCAGCACCUCAGCUGUCUCCAGUAGCAGCACCAGCACCUGAACAAGCACUAGUAAUGGCAACAGCACCCAUAUUGGACCAGCACAGAGACACCGACAGCCCUGGAACAAUACGUCCAUUCCCGUCCAUCACAGAGUUCAUCGAGGACCCUAGUGCCAAGCUUGGGACCCCUGAGCGUGUCCCUUCCCCACCCAAAGCCCCAAUCACAGACCUCCUUAACCCUCAGGACAUUAACCUGCUGCGACCCCUCAGCAGUUCACCACUAGAGUCUGAGGUAGAGGAGGAGCGAGAGAAUACCCGCCUGGUGUCCAUCGAGGAGUUCUUGAGGCAGGAUCACGAGCCGGCAUACUGUAUUAGGCUACAGAGUUACGGCAGGGGCCUUGCGGAGCCUCCCACUGAUUACCAUGCAGACAACAGCCGCUCAGACCUGUCUGACAUCCUAGAGGAGGAGGAGGAGGACCUUUACUCUGACCACCUUGGAGAGGCACCACCCAGAGGAUACACAGUUGGAGCUAACAGGUCAUUCAAGUUGGAGCCACCAGACAGUGAUGAGGAGGCUGUUGAAAAGAUCCUAAAGUUACCUCUUCAGGUUCCCCAAAACAAGCAACUGUUCAGCAUUCCUGAGGUGACAGAAGAGGAAGACAGCAGUCAGGAAGACCCCCUAACCCACCACCGCCAGCCUCGGCCAAGGCUCAGCCUUCUUCACCAAAGAGACCCAGAGCGCCUCCAUCAUGCCCCCCAGCAUCAUGCACAUCACUCCAACCCACACAUUCCCCCCCACCAUCACCACUUCAACUGGGAUACCAGGUCCCUAACCAAAGAGCCUUUACUCAGACAUGGACCCUUGCAGGCCAAGCCUAAGACACAGCACAGGGUGCACUAUGCAGACAUGGUGGACACCAUCAGUUUUCCUGAUGAAGAGCUGAGUUUAUAUGAGGGUCCCACCAGCAGGCAGGUCUCAGCCCGCUGUCCUCCCCAGCUGACCCACAACAGCAAAUCACUGCUUCGAGGUCUAGGGGACCGCCUUAGGAGGGAGGCCAUGCUAAGGAGCCAGAUGGCUGUCGCUGCGUUGACCAGCCCUGGUCAUGGCCUUACCCCGCCAAGACCCUACCCAGUCAGCAAAACAGUACGAACUGUGAGGUCACCUAUUAGUCGAGGGGUGGAGAUCGAUGUGGAGUACGGUACAGAUGACAAUGAAGAGCCCAUGGAAUACAUCCCCGGGGAGGUGGUGGUGGAGCAGAUGAGCUCUGAGUGGUGGGUGGAGGGCGCUCAAGUGGAGCACUGCAGACCUCCACACCGACGAGGUCCAAAAGCUGAUCCACUGGAGCCCAGCCAGAUCCCUCCAGCUGAGGCAGGUACAUCGUGGGGAGGCCAGGCGGAGAUUUCUUGUAAACCUGCAACAUUGCAGUCCAGGCACCUCAAAGGUUGUGUUGAAUCACCAAAGAUGAAAGGAGACGGUGACAUACGCAUCUUUGUAGCCCUCUUUCCGUAUGAUCCUGCCAACAUGUCACCCAAUCCUGAUGCUGCUGAGGAGGAGCUGCCCUUCAGUGAAGGACAGAUCAUCAAAGUCUAUGGAGAUAAAGACGCAGACGGGUUCUACCGAGGGGAGUCAGGUGGUCGUCUGGGCUAUGUUCCAUGCAACAUGGUGUCAGAGAUCCAGGUGGAGGAUGAGGAGACCCGGCUACAGCUACUGCAGCAGGGUUUCUUAUCCACAGCGGCCUCCAUGGAGAAGAUAGGCACUCGCACACACGCACAGCUUCCACGUCGCCCUGUUCCACCGCCGAAACCGAGACGAUCCAAGAAAGUGGAGUCUGCAGCACUCUGGGAGGAGAGCGUAGACUCCUCCAGUCAAGAUCCCAGCCACACUGCUGCUGCUGCUGCACUUGUGGAGAACCCAGCCCCAGGAGCUCGCAGGAUGGUCGCCAUCUUUGAUUACGAUCCACGAGAGAGCUCCCCCAACACUGACAUUGAGGCUGAGCUGACCUUCAGUGCAGGAGACAUCAUACAAGUGAUUGGUGACAUGGAUGAAGAUGGCUUCUUCUACGGAGAUUUGAAUGGACACAGAGGGUUGGUCCCUUCCAACUUCCUGCAGGCUCUACCAGACGAUGCUCCUGCAGAACUUCUCUCUGCCCACCCUGCACCAGAACCGAAGAAAGAAUUAACGGAUACUCAGACGUCUUCUACAGAGCCACAGGACCUCAGGCCCUCAACACUAGAAGAGGCUUUACCCCCCCAGACUGAACCUCCUUCCCCAGACAUGACAGACCCCAUGUCAGAGCUGGACACGGUUUCAGGUCCAGCUUCAGGUCCAGCUGCAGUGGAGGGCUGCUGCUCCCCUCCUGCCCCCAAUCCCACAGACAGCUCUGUGCAGGGAAAGAAGAAGAAAGGCUUUUUCUCCAAAGGGAAGAAACUGUUCAAAAAGCUGGGAUCCAGCAAGAAAGAAUGAGAGUCAGGUCAUCUGACUCUGAAUACUUCUGUCACUUUGAAAGCACUUUUUCUGUCUAUUAGUCUCCAUUGAUAGUAGGUGCAGUUAGCAGCUAUCCCAUCUAAUACCUGAUGCUUUAACCAUCAGUAAUUAUACAUUUGCCUUAGAGCCCUGCUAGACCACCUGGUAAAUAUAGAGUACUUUAAAACACCAGCGUUCAGCUUAUAGCAUCACGAGAGCAUGUAGAAGCGCAUGUUAAAGUGAGUAAACUAUACAAAUAUGCUCCAACUACUUCGUAAUUGUCCAAGCAUUUGCAAAUAUUCAACUAAUUAGAAGCUUUAAUGGUUAAAACACUAAAUAACAGCAGAGCAGACUUCAUCCCAACUCAGAGACAGCUAAUUAGAUAUUAGCUUUAAUGCUCGUGUACUGGUACCACUUUAUUUGAAGCAAACAAACAGAAGCAGCUGACUAUCUUUUCCUUUAUGUGACUAUAAAGAAUGCACUAUCCAUCCUGAAGUGAUGUAUUUUAAAUAUGUCUGCUUCCCUCACCUGUGUUUCUUGUCUUUAAGAGUAUUUAUACAGUACUUUGUACAGAACAUGUUAUUUAUUUGUAUCAGACUCUUGCCCAUACCAUCACAUUGCAUGAAGGGGCGUCAGGGCAGGAGUGUCGUCAUGUAGAGCUGUCAGAGACGGUCAGGAUCCAUUUCAUAGGUGUAGUUUAGAACUAAUCCGUUUUGGGUUUUGAGGUUUAUGGUCCUGUUUGUUAAAGUUUGAUGUAAAGAAUGCGAAGGGUUGCCCUUCUUUGUCUUGUGUGUAGAUGAAGUCUGCAGUCCACUGGUGAGACUGAAAACAGAUGCCUUUCUCCAUCAUUAAUACAGGAACUUCCAAUGGUUGUGACAACAGUCAAGACCAGCCUAACUGUUACAUACUACAUAUAAUAUGCGUGAGUGUGAGAGAGACCUGCAGUGUACAGAAUCUAAUAGUAUGUGAACAUCAGCAAGCUGCUUUGUUAGCUAACAGGGCUGCAACCAUUGAUCACUAUUAACUCUCUCGAUUGAUUCUUGAUUACUCCUUUGGUUGAUGAAACCUUAAAAAGCAGUGAACAUGCUCAUUGCACUUUUCCAGAGCCCGUAGGACUCACAUUUGAGAAUCUGAAAUCUGUCAAAUCUUUAAGUUGAGGCGAGAUAACUGCAAGAUCUGAAGUUCAUUUUGCAGUGAUUAUACGGUGGACUUGUUUUUUUUUGUGCAGUGGACAUGUUAGAUAAUGGGUGCAUUUCUAGAACAUAUCUAAGCAGAUUUUAAUCUAUUACAUUAGAAUAAGUUAAUGAAAACAGCAAAGGAUUUCAGAAAUGUACUGAUAAUUAUAUGGAAACUGAUGUCAACAAGUGCAUCAUGGUAGAGUUAUGACUCAGAAGGAUUUAGACAGAAAUUGCUUCAAUUAGGUGCCUAUUGUUUUAUCGUACCUUUCCUUAAGUACUUAAUUGUGGCCCCUUCGCUGCUGCGAGAUGUUUUUGAAACACCAACACUCACCUGUUUUCCACCUCAUGCAGUAUCUUAGCCUCGUGGUUCUCCCUCAUCACACCUUCUACCUUUAACUUUAUGUACAGUAGACAAAGAGUGUACACUGCAAAACUGAAGGAUUUAUUGAUUUAUGAACUCUAGCUAAUUUGUACUCCAAAAUUAGAAACUGAAAAUAUUUUUGGUUCGCCAUAAUAUCCAGAUUUCAAUGGAACAGUGCAGUCAGUGCAGCAGUUAGCAGCCUGUAAGCCUUUCUGGUUAGUAAUGGUUCAAAUGUUGUAUGUUUUUUCAUAUAAAAACCAACAGUGACAGCACUUCGUAGACCUGCAUUUACAGUGAGCAGUUUUCAGUUCUGUCGCUGGUCAUUUGUAGCUCUACUGUACUGUGAUAGACUUGGCUCUAAGUUGUUCAUGUAUCUUUUGUUUUGCCUCCAUGUUAGGAGUGUGGUGAUGUUGUGGUGUGUGAAUAUUGGGUCAGACAGGCUAAACAGCGUUACAACACCUUUAUCAGUUCAUGCAGAGUCGUGGUGAUUAGUUUCUCUGUCCACACAUUUGCAUCAUACCACUGUGUUAAAUAGUACAACUUUAGCAAUACAGUUCAUUGUAAACAGCAGUGGUAGAGCUUAGCUGCACUGUAGCUGUUAAUGCUUACUGAAAUGAAGAUGUAGUUCAAGUGUUGAGUGUUGCUGUGAGUGUGUGGAGCAGGCCUUAGGUUGUUAGUCACUUGCGACACGUGCAGAGAUUGAUCACUCGGUCUGAUUGUGUCACAUGGGGCUGUUAGGAAAUUUCUCAGGUUUUCAUUCAUUGUUUCUUUUCACUGCUGAGCCACCUGUCUCUGACUCUGGCUGUCAAGAAGCAGCAGAAUAUGCCAAAAUCUUAGGUGCUUUGCCUGUUACCAUAGCAAUGAGAGACAAAGCAUCCCUGACAGCAGGGGGGAGAAUUCAGCAAACUAAACUAGGGUUGAAAGGCGGAGGCCCGAUUCCUCACAUGGGAGGCAGAUUUAUUAUUAUUUUCUUUAAUGACAUGAAUGUUUGAAUUUGUCAGUGUUACAUAAAGGGAGCAUGAUGAUGCCAAGAAUAAAAGGGAGGGUGGAUUGUCAAAGACACUUUAGAUGUGAAGUAGCCGGGAUAGAGGCAAGUCUGAGGCUGUACUGUAUGUUUCCUCUUUAUUUAUGUCAUUUUUAAAAAGAAAAAAGACAAGGAGUGGAUGCUCAAAAGUUGCCGAAAUGUACAGCGAAUAUUUCUACUGAUCUUGUAUUUCACGGCCUUUAUUGCACAAGUAUUCCUCUACCUGCUGUGUAGUAACUUAGCGGCUCCACUGUCGACUGAAUAGGACCUCGACCCAUUUUGGUAGUACUUUAGCUCAGUUGAUUAUAUUUAGCCUUACAUGAAGACCUUGUUUAGUCUUAAUAAGUUGUUUACAGGAUGUUUGACUGCAUGCAUACUAAUGUUAUACCCAUGUUCUGCCUUAUUUAUGUUGCUGUCACAUUUCUGUUCUAGGCUGACUCGUCUACAAUUUUUGAGUUGUAGAUUGUUGAUGCAGUGGAAGAGAAGCUGUAGUAGCUGUCUGUAUAUACUGAACAGUGUUGGGACUUGUGGUAUAUUUUCAUACAGCACAGGAUUUUUCUUUUUUUUUGUCUGUUCUGACAUACAUUCAUUAAAACCAGUGUAAGAUUGACCUUUUUAUAUUACAUAUUAAUGUUUUUAUUACCCUUUUUGGAAGCUCAUCUGUAAAUAUUUUUGUUAAUAUUGUUUUUCAGAUUUUUUUUUUUUUUUUGCAUGUCCAAGCAGUGUCAAUGGAGGAACAGUAUGUAAAGAUGUAGUCCACAGAGGACUCCUUGACUUGAAAUUGUGAUGGUUUCUUUCCAUAUGGAUCUUUUUACAGGAAUAAAGUAUGUAUAUUUUCACAAAAA